AUGCGGUCACUGGAUCAACAUCGGGAAAAUUCAUCGCAGCACAACCGCGAGAGAUUCCAGAAGUUUUUCAAAUCGUCCGAUGCCAAAAAGAAGCAUAUCAAGACCUUCCCGCAACAUGGCCUAUGUAAGCGCGAUUUUGAGACUAAGAAGGCUUCACAGCUGUACCACAAAAGAUCUUAUCCAAUUCCGACAAAACAUGAUGGAAUCUUCGCGACGAAGAGCGUCCCUGUAGGCGAUGUUGCGUAUCAUGACAAAGCUAGAUCGUGCCAUCGUAAGCUCCAUAAUCAAUGGUGCUCUUCGGCUACCCUACCGCCGCUUGAUAACACUCCGGAGGGUAUACAAUGGCGGCAAGAGAAGCAGAGAAUGAAAGAAGAACAGGCUCGACUUGCAGAAACGGAAUUCACCAAUACGAUAAGAAAUCUAGGCUACGUGUUUCAAACCGAAGCAGAGCAAAAGGAAUCGAUGAUUAGCCCAACGCCUGACGUUCGCUUUCUGGAUCCUAUACCCAUAUCUGGUCACCUCUGCUUUUGGUUGGAGUAUAAGAAUUAUUUUGGUUUUAAAGCGAAUCCGUUCAUAGCGUCACAGAACAAAACACAGCUCAAGAAAUAUAUCGCGAAAAUAGGGCCCGGAGGGGUAGUGUUUAGAUUAGGCUUUGAGACAGACCAUUUGAAUAUUAAGGGAGUCAAGGCCUUUCACGAAGAGGAUCUGGAUGGUUUUUUAGGAGAGGCAAGGUCGAGGUUAGGCUGGUCUCCCCGUGGCACCAUACCUUCUCAAAUUACUAAAUUCCAUCGUGACCAGCAGUAUCAGAUACUCCCAGCAUAUGCUCAGGACGGGGUUGUCCUAUUUCGUGUGUUUCAAGGCUCAACAGACUCAUCUGUCUUUGAAGAUUUCAUUGAAGAGCUACUUCAUCACAGGGACGAUACCAUGUCGGACAGAUCCUACACCGGAUCGGAUGCUAGUUUCUACUAUGAACUCAAAGCGGAAUGUCAAGAGCGGAAGAUGGAGCUCCAGGAAAUAGGAGAACAUAACAAGCAAGCAAAGGACAACCAGCAAACUUUUGAUCGAGACAGGGAAAGAGAGGUUCAAGAGAUGUAUGACCCAGUUAAGAAGCAGAGCAAAACACCACUUGAACCCAUCACAGGUCACUUCUGUCUAUAUUCUGUGGAGCACAUCGACUAUUGCUACAGUUCAGACAUGUAUUCAUCAAAGUAUGUCGAGUUCUAUUAUUUGGAUGAGGAUGACCAUUCGGGCCAGCUCUUGUCACCACAUGUGCAGAUAUCCAUUUCGAUAGAGAAAAGGGAAGGCAAAAAGGAAGAGGAAACACUCCCCAUCCCCACAGGAAACUUGAGACAAACCAUUCGGAACGACUUCCCGCCAACCAUGGUAGAGGCUUAUCGGCGUGUGCGGAAUCAAGGCAAUAGGAGCCAAAAUAGGUGUUUAAAAGUGUGUGAAAUACUGACCUCCUGUUCGACCAAACAAGCAGACGAACUGACUCUGAAUCCAGACUCCGUACCGACUUCCACCAUGAGGUCCAUCACGUUCAGCUUCGCCCUUCUAGUCGUCCUGCUCGCGGCGCUGUCCGACGCCUGGAAGCUCCAGAUCUGGGACAAGAACAACUACAAGGGCACGCGGAUCCACUAUCGCACCGGAACCAUCAGACAAAAGUGCUCGAAUCUCGCUUCCGGCUCCAAGAAUAGAGCAAACAGCCUCAAGUGGACGGAGAACACGCCUUGCGAAGCUAGAUUCUACGACAAGGAUAAUUGCAAGGGGAAGAAGUUGCUCGAGACCGGCUUCUGGGGAACGUGGAAGGGGAACCUUGGAAAAAAUAGCAAUAAAGUCAACUCGUACUUGAUCAGUUGCUCUACUUGA